AUGCCAUCAACACAUAAUCGUGAUAAACCUUGGGAUACUCCAGAUAUAGAUAAAUGGGCUUUGGAAGAGUUCAAACCUGAACAUAAUGCUUCUGGUCUACAUUUUACAGAAGAAUCAUCAUUCAUGACAUUAUUUCCAAAAUAUAGAGAACAAUAUCUUAGAAGCAUAUGGAGUGAUGUAACGAAAGCUUUAGAUAAACAUCAUAUUAAAUGUGAAUUGGAUUUAGUCGAAGGUUCCAUGACUGUUAAAACUACCACAAAGACAUUUGAUCCUGCUAUAAUUAUAAAAGCAAGAGAUUUAAUCAAAUUAUUAGCAAGGUCAGUUCCAUUCCCACAAGCUGUCAAAAUUUUACAAGAUGAUAUAGCUUGUGAUGUGAUUAAAAUUGGAAAUUUCGUAACAAACAAAGAUAGAUUUAUAAAAAGAAGACAAAGAUUAGUUGGACCAAAUGGUAAUACUUUAAAAGCAUUAGAAUUAUUGACAAAUUGUUAUAUUUUAGUUCAAGGUAAUACAGUGAGUGCAAUGGGACCAUUCAAAGGUUUAAAAGAAGUAAGAAGAGUAGUUGAAGAUUGUAUGAAAAAUAUUCAUCCUAUAUAUUAUAUAAAAGAAUUAAUGAUAAAACAAGAAUUAAGUAAAAAUCCAGAAUUAGCAAAUGAAGAUUGGUCAAGAUUUUUACCAAGUUUUAAAAAGAGAAAUGUUGCAAGAAAGAAGAAAUCAACUAAAAAAAUUGAAAAGAAAAUUUAUACUCCAUUUCCACCUGCUCAACAACCUCGUAAAGUUGAUUUACAAAUUGAAAGUGGUGAAUAUUUCCUUGGUAAAAGAGAACGUGAAUUAAAAAAGAAACAAGAAAAGAGAGCAUUACAAGAAGAAAAUAGUGAAUUAAGAAGGAAGGAAAGAGCAAAAGAUUUCAUCGCUCCCGAGGAGUAA